UUGGUUAUAAGUUUUAAUAUCUAAUAUUAGUACAGACAAAUACCUAAUUCUCUUACCUAUAAUAAUUGUACUACAUUAAAGAACCUUCUACAAUUGUUGUCCAAACACAUCAACGGAAGCUUCAAAAUUAUCUAGUUUGAUCUGUUGCAUAAGUCGUAGUGUCUAUCAACUUCAAAAUUGGCUUAUCAGUGGACAUGAUCUAUGUUCAAUGAUGAUGAACCAUUGGCCUUCAAAAAAAUGCAUGAAUUUUCCACAGUGGACGGCUUUGUAGAGAUAACUGAAUCCUUGGCGGACAUGAUAAAGUUCAUUGCAAAUGAGCCCUCCGUGGGGCUUUUCUACAUUCAGCAGCAUACACAGAAAGCAGCUCCCAACCUUGUAAAUCUAAAAAACAAUAUUGAGGAGAGAUCCCGUGAAUUGUCUCUCCACACAGAAGACUUGGAAGAUUCCAUCACCGUGAUCGGGUCGAUGAAAGAGUGUGGCAUUCCAAUUGCUAACGAGAUGAUUAAAGAUCUCAGACAUAGUCUAGCUGUCAUUUCAAAGAAGCAACCAAAAAAAGGAUUGAUUAGCGGACCCCGUUCAAGUUUCCCCGUCGGUAUAACUACCUCUUGGAGUCCUGCCACGUGGGGUCGCAGUACAGGUUCAGAAGAGGACGAUGAUAGGGCUCCUGGUUAUCUCUCGAAUGUUUUCAGGUCAGCAAAACAAAAGGCAAGUAACUUCACAUGGGCUCCUUUAGAGUCCGGAGAAUCUCGACUAGCCAAGAGUGAACCAUCUUCAUCGGACAAGGAUGAGCCAUCCGUCUCCCGUACUAAUGACACACUAUUGGCUGCAGAUGCGAGCUCUUCUUCGUCACUCGGACGGGCCAAUAGUGAAGAUUUAAGAGUGUCAGGUCAAACUAUUGAUGAUGAGGUACAACAAGAACAGGUAUACAAAAGCAUGUCCCAUGAUCAACUGAUGUCUUUGUCUGAAAAUUUCGAAGAAUUUAGAGCUGAUAAAGAAGCGAAAUUAGAAGAGUGGUUAGGAGAAUGAGGAAUGAUGAUGACCUUUUGCUCGAUUAAACUCUGAAGCUCGAUGAUACUUUUCGUAUGAACGACGACGCUUCUCUUGUAUCAUGAUUCAUAUACUUUAUUAUACUUGAUGAAUAAAUGUGAAAGAAAAGAAAUGAGUCUUGAAUUUAUGACCACUAUAGUUGUGUUUGUACAUUGAGGAAUGUAUUGUUUGUGAACUGCUU